AUGUUGUUGGUGACAAUACUGCCUAUCUCGAAUGCCUUACCGAUCCAUUCUCACACCGAACCGAGUCGCUUGCAUAAACGUGGUGUUGCAAAAUUUGAUACAUCCAUCUUUGAGAGAGUCAAUAGAGAACGACGUUCUUUAUCAGCGUCGGGUAGCGAUUUUGCCCUAUACAUGGCUACGUAUAAUUUCCAAAACGAUAAGGACCACGUUAAAAGAAAUUCUGCUGAUUCUUUAUUGCACAAAGCUUUGAAGCGAGACGUAGACUUGGAUGAGAUUGAUUGGGAUGACAAUCAAAUCUAA